AUGAUUGCCCGCCUAAGGCCAGUAAUUCUGUCCGUUCCCCGCCGGGUGAGGUCCCUCUCAACCGCGCGGGGUUCCUUAUCUGGACUCAAGAUCAACACCGACCGCCUUCAAGAGACGAUUCAUCAUACGUGUCAAUGGGGUGCAGCGCAUCGAUACGGAAAGGGUGCGACACAGACAGGCAUGGCCAGACUGGCGCUGUCCGACGACGAUGCUCGCGUGAGAAAAUGGUUCGCCGAUGAGGUGGCAAGCCUUGACUGUGAACUGGCAAUCGACGAGAUGGGAAACAUGUUUGCGAAACGUCAAGGAGCGCUCAAAUCUUCUGCUCCGAUGACAGCCAUGGGGAGCCAUCUUGAUACCCAACCCCGCGGUGGCAGAUAUGACGGCAUUCUGGGCGUUCUAGCCGCCAUAGAGGUGAUGAGAACACUAAAAGACAAUAACUUCAAGACGCAAUUCGAUGUUGGUAUCGUUAAUUGGACCAACGAAGAAGGCGCCCGUUUCCCGAGAUCAAUGAUGUCCUCCGGCGUCUGGGCAGGUGAAACCCCGCGGGAAAAGGCCUGGGACUUAGGCGAUAUCUUCGACCCUUCUGUGACCGUCAAGUCCGAGCUGGAGCGACACGGCUACAUCGGUCCGCUCGCCUGUUCAAGCGACGCAUCAACUGGUUACCCUCUGGGUGCACACUUUGAGUUGCACAUCGAGCAGGGCCCCAUCCUCGAGGAGAACGGCAGGAAGAUCGGCGUCGUGCAGGGCGCGCAGGCGUAUCGCUGGUUCACCUUCACCAUCACAGGCCGCGAUGCACACACGGGCACCACGCCGUUGAAGUCUCGCAGGGACCCGUUGCUCGCGGCGUCCAAGAUGAUUGUUUCCUCCAACGCCAUCGCGAAGGAGCUCGGGGCGCUGGCGUCGACAGGUGUUCUCAAGAUCCCACCCAGCUCGUCGACCAACACCAUCGUCUCGGAGGUUACCUUCACGCUUGAUAUUCGCCAUCCCGAAGACGCAGUUGUCGAAGAGGUACAAAGGCGCUGCAUCGAGUCGUUUGAGAAGAUCGCCGGGGAGGAUGGCCGCGGGGUCGAGGUGCAGUGGACGCUCGAUACCGAUUCGCCCGCGGUCAAGUUUGACAAGGAGUGCAUCCAAGCCGUGGAGAAUGCAGCGAUUGGUCUUUUUGGGCCGGACGGCUGGCUGCCGUUGACGAGCGGCGCGGGGCAUGACAGCGUUUACACGAGCAAGCGGUGCCCGACGACGAUGAUUUUCGUCCCUUGCAAGGACGGCGUGAGCCAUCACCCGGAGGAAUAUUGCAGUCCGGAAGAUUGCGCGAAUGGCACUCAAGCCCUGCUCGAAGCCGUUGUAAGCUACGACCAUCUGAGAGCUAGCAAAAAGUGA